AUGGAACAAGAAGAGCGACUUGUACUUGCUCGAAUUGGGAUUCGUCAAAUGCAAAUCUGUGAGUAUGAUGUCUAUGUUCAAGUUGUGGCACAAGAUAUAACAACCAUCUGCUUAUAUGUCGAUGACUUGCUAGUAACUAAAAAUAACUUGAAGAAAUUGUCAAAGUUCAAAGAGCUGAUGAAGAAGGAAUUUGAAAUGUCGGAUCUGGGAAAGUUGUCAUACUUCCUAGGCAUGAAAUUUCAAAUGUCGAAGCAAGUUAUGGUGCUACAUCAAAGAAAGUAUGUCAAGGAGAUACCCAAGAGAUUCAUGAUGGAUGAUUUGACUCCUGCAUCUUCGCCUAUCGAACCAAAUUUGAAGUUUGAGAAGCAUGGAGAGGAAGACAAAACCGAUGCAACUUUGGUCAAACAAAUUAUUGGAUCUCAGAGAUACAUGUGCAACAGUCGACCUGAUAUAUGUUUCUCAGUCGAAUUAGUGAGCAUAUAUAUGAGUGAACCAAGGGUGUCACAUAUGAUGGUUGCAAGAAGAAUCCUGAGAUACUUAUAA